CCGGCAUAAAAAUGGGCUGAAAAUAGAAGUUGGCCACAAUUUCACGUAUACUCCCUCAACUCGAAGAACAGUGGGAUUCAGAUAAGCUUUAAAUAAACUUGCCAAAAUCUUAUGUGCUCGUAUGAUAUCCACGAUGUGCUGAGUGCCAGCUUCAAUCUGCUUAUUUUCCUAUGUUAUCCAGAAAAUUAGAAUUUCCAAUUAGAUAGUGUGAUAGAACUUUUAUUCAUCGUCUACUCCCGAUUUUUCAAUUAAGAGAUUAGUCAGUGUUAGGUCAAAAUGGGAAAACAUCAUAAGAGAAGGACCAGCAAAUCUUCUAAGUGCAAAUCACCAUUCACCUCAUCUGAUAUAGACGACGUCAGCAGUUAUGAUGGAGAAAAUAAACCUAUGUUUUAUGUGAAAAGUUCAGAGGCCAUUGGAAGAUAUAUGGUUGCAAAAAACGACAUCAAAAAAGGAAAAAUCAUUAUAAGAGAGAAUCCCUUGGUUGUGGGACCAUGCGUUGGUGGAAGAAUACAAUGUUUAGGAUGUUACAAAAACCUGGAGAAUGAUGAGCAGAAAUACAGAUGCGUUGGCUGUGGAUGGCCUAUGUGUUCGUCGAAGUGUCCUCAAGUUGACACAGUCUAUGGUCACACAAGAAUUGAAUGUUCCGUGUUGAAGGAAUGCCUAUCGAAAAAUUUCUUCAAAUGGGACGAUUUAGAAGAAAUGCGAACAAAUUACCAUUCCAUAGUACCCUUAAGAUGUCUUAUUUUGAAGAGCACAGAUCCAUCAGCUUUCCAGAUCCUGAUGGACAUGGAGAGCCACAACGAAAUCAGAAAAAACAUUCCAGCAGUCUGGUUGAUGAACCAGAGCACAGUUGUCGAUACUAUUUUGAGAAAAUGGAAACUGACUGAAUAUACCGAAGAAGAAAUCCAUACCUUAUGUGGAAUUUUGGAAGUGAACGCCUUCGAAAUUGGUCAUCAAGGAAUUAAUGUUAGGGGACUAUAUCCAACAGCCUUCCUUAUGUCACAUGACUGCGUGCCAAAUACAAACCAUAGUGAUGAUGGGAUUGAUUUUACACUGACUGUGAGAGCUUCCGUUGAUAUUCCAGAAAACUAUCCGAUAACACUGAGUUAUGCCUAUACUCUAGAGAACACAAUACGAAGAAGGGAGCAUCUCCUAGAGAACAAGUUUUUCGAAUGUUACUGCAGAAGGUGCAGUGACCCUACCGAACUAAAUACUUUUGUGAGUGCCCUUUUGUGCCCCAAGUGUAAGACUGGAUGCGUGUUACCAAACGACCCCUUGAAUUUCGACUCGUCUUGGAGUUGCUACAAUACAACAAAAGAAAAUAUCAGUUGUCCAGGUUAUACGAUUUCUUCGAAAUCUGUGAGGCUACUGAUUGACAGAAUAAACCAGGAGUACAUGAUCAUAGACUGCAAUGACGUAAUUUCUUUGGAGUUCUUGCUCAAGAAAUAUAGAAACGUUCUUCAUCCAAACCACUACAUAUGUUUAGCGGUAAAACUGUCUUUGAGUCAACUAUACGGAAAAAUAGACAACUACCUCAUUUACCAGCUUUCUGACCAGCAGCUUUCGCGCAAGAUAGAAUUAUGCAAAGAGAUCAUGCAGGUCUUCAACAUUAUCGAACCUGGUCUUACCAAACUCAGAGGUGUUACCCUAUAUGAAUUACACGCACCUCUAAUGGUUCUACUGACUAGGCAGUUUGAAAGGGGCACUGUCACGAAAGAAGAGAUCAAAAUCAGGCUUAGAGAGGUUGUAAGUUGUUUGAUCGAAGCAAGAAACAUACUAGAACUUGAACCAACGAUAUCCACUGAAGGUACUAUGGGAGUUGCUGCAAAAGAGGCUCUACUCCAAAUUAAAGACUGGGAAAAAAUAAUAGGAAGAAUAUAAGAAACUACUUUUCAUUUAUAUUAAGUUUCCUCAAUGAAAUAUUUUGAAAUUUUGAAUUCAAAUUUUGUGAAGAGGUCUGAAAUAUAUGUUUUUUCAUUUGGUUUUAA